AUGCAUAUCUAUCUACUGACUGUCCUCUUGCUGUUAUCAUACAGUGUAUCAGCGCAACAGCAAGACAUUUGCACAGGUAUCCGAAUUACUUCGCCAACAGAGGAAAACCUCAGAUGGACAGCUGGCCAAUGUUAUCAGGUGUCGUAUGAUCUUGCCAGUGUUGCACCUUUUUUUGAUAUUGAUGGAGCUGGUGGGAAGGCCAAGAUUUCAGUUGAUGUGUAUAGCGCAGAGACCAAUGCCAAAGUAUCGAAUGUGGUCGAAAAAGAGUCAUUGAAUACUUUAGGUGCUACCAAAACAUUCAGCAUGGAAGUGCCUAUAACGGGAUCUUAUUACUAUUUGAUAACACUGUUUCACGGUACUGGUGAUGAGCAGUGUGAACCAAAGCGAUCAGUUACGUUUGAGGUGAAUGUGAACCCUUAUUCUCCUCAGGCUAAAUGCUAG